GUCGUGUAAAUACGUGCGUAUAAAUGUAUGUGUACGGUUUUAUAACCCACCUGUUGUUCCGUAUCGAUUACCUGAAUACGCAGGUAUCGCUGAGUCAAGGAGAUCUAGAUGGAACCUAAUACCCAGGUAUACACACAUACACUGGAUGUACCGAGAACAUAGACGAAAUGUUUGAAAACGCACCGAUGUGUGUCGACAUCCUCUUACGACUAUUUGUAUAGCAUUACGCUUAACUCACAAUUGAUCUGCACAGAUCAUCCAACAAAAUCCAAGUGUCGCCUUUAAUUUUCAGUGUAGAUAUAGGACAUAUGGGCGCUGUUUGGUUAGUGAUUUUGUCCCAUUGGUUGUGGCUCGCAGGGCAGGGUUUAUACACCCAUAACAAAGGAAUGCAGAAUACCCAAUAAAAGCCGAGGCUCGAUCGACUGUGUCUACCUGAGCGAAACGGCAUCAGGUGUAUUCGCGUGGUAGAAUGGUAUGUACUAUAUCGUGUAAACCUAGACUGACCCUGUGUAUGUGUGGACACGACUAGACUUCAGUUCGGAGUUUGGACAUAUUUAUAUAUACUGCAGCACCUUCUACAGACAUGACAACAGAUUGCUGAGAACGGAUGGAUGCCGGGAAUUAAUCUGCCUUCAGAAGAUGAGAUUCCACUUCCGGAAAGUUGUGACGUAUGCGAUCACUGUGUUUGGUCUAUUAUUGAUAGUAUUCAACCUAUAUCAUCAUGACCUGUGGGGGCCAAUGUACCAGCCCCAGGACCCACCUUGGGGUCAUGGGGGAGUAAAGCGCCCAUUUCCUCGUGCGGAUGGCAGCAAGAUUCAUCCGCAUAUGUCAUCAAAAAACCGAGGGAAAAUCUCCACUGAAAAUGCACCUGCAAAAAAUCGGAACCCAUUAUUCCGAUCCAAUAAAUCGUUGAACCACGAAGAGUUAGGGAAUAAUUUUGGUCUGACAAUAGAUGCGCCGAGGGGGAUUUGGUUAGAAUGGGAUCACUAUAGUGACGACAGGAUUGUCGCGCAGAUGCGCCAUAGACCAAAGUCUUUGUUAGAAGCUAAAAAUGAAGAAGAUGUGCCUUUAAAAACCAUAUUGCUUUACCACGGUGUUGGACACUGGAAUAUCCGGAGGGGUCAGGAACAGUUCACGCAUCAGAAAUGUCCCGUCAACCGUUGUACCGUUACGGACGACAGGUCACAGGGGCGCGAGGCGGACGCCGUUAUGUUACACCAUUCCGGCGCGCACCCGUGGACCCAACGUCCUCCUAACCAAGUGUGGAUACUGUAUAUGCUGGAGUCGCCGUACCACACGCCGGGCCUUCAGGCGGUCAAGGACGUGUUUAACUGGACUGCCACCUACCGGCACGACUCCACAAUUGUUGCGCCUUAUGAAAAAUUUGUGCCAUUCGACCCAGCAGUGCAGACUAUUCCUCAAAAUAAGAGUUAUGCAGCUGGGAAAACCAAGAAAGUAGCGUGGUUUGUGUCUAACUGUGGGGGAAGGAACGGUCGGCGCGAGUACGCCUCCGAACUAUCCAAACACAUUUCUGUGGAUAUUUACGGGGCGUGCGGUCCCCUCAAGUGCCCUCGUCACAACUCCAAAAAGUGCUUUGAUAUGCUUGAUAACGACUACAAAUUUUAUUUAGCUUUUGAAAAUUCAAACUGUCGAGACUACAUCACAGAAAAAUUCUUCGUUAAUGGCCUUCAACAUGACGUUAUCCCAAUCGUGAUGGGAGCGGCCCCGGAGGACUAUAGACGAGCAGCACCUCCGCACUCCUUCAUUCAUGUUGAUGACUUCGAAUCUCCCAAAGCAUUAGCAGAUUAUUUACAUAAACUGGACACAAAUGACGCUUUAUUUGACGAGUACUUCCAAUGGAAAGGCACCGGAAGCUUCGUCAACACCUUUUUCUGGUGCCGACUGUGCGCGAUGGUCCACGAGAUCCCAAAUCACCAGUCAACCGUGUACAAGGAUCUGGAACGGUGGUGGCGGGGACCAGGGGUGUGCAUAGGGCAAGAAAAAUGGAGGGAUCGUCCCCGGACGUCAAAGAUCAUCAUUGAUGACUACUAGCGACAUCUACAGCACUACCUCUCAAUUGUAUUCUCUUCGUAAAGGGACAUAAUUCUCACGUAAUUUAUGUUACGUUAUACGUAAAACAAAAAUGUACUAAGUUUUGGAAACACACAAAUUAAUUACAUAUUUCAACAAAUUGCCAAUAUAAUUGGCAUAUAAGUCACAGUUAAGUCUUUAUGAUGCAAGAACAUUUUGUUAAUUUCAUAUUUUACAAGUUUUCAAGUAGAUCAUUAAGCUGCCUGAAAAGUAGAAUACUAUCUUAGUAUUGAGUGACCAGUCGUAGAAUACUGACCUAGGAGUUAGUGACCAGUAGAUGACCUAGAAGACACCAAAAUAAUACUAUCCUAGGAAUUAGUUGCAAAAACAUCACUGACCAAAACAGUAGAAUACUGUCCUAGGAAUUGAUGACCUUUGAUAAUAUUGUCCUUAGUAAAUGAGAUAUGUAUGACCCUUUCCUUAUCUUAAACAUUAAGGUAUCUGAUUAUCCUGUUUGAAUGUUCUGUAAAUAUGGGUUGAUGACUACGAAACUAUUGACAUUGAGAAUAUUUCAGACCCAUAACAUUUGCAUAAUCCCUAAAUUGCCUUCAUCUCAUAAACAAAUGACCGCUUCGCUGGUGCAAUGCUUUUGGUAUGGUAAUAGCCAAGCGUUUUGAUUGAUGGCAGUUUUGCUCACUUAAUUUAUCUGAAACAUAAGUCUGCGUUUCCUGCCCCGAAUCUACGAUAGUUUCGGUUAGAUAUCCAUAUCCAGGUUUCAAGUUUGAAUAAAAACAGUUUAAAUCAAGUUUAGUUAAUCCCGUAAGCAUUACAGCUUAUUGGCUAAUUUCGGUCAGAUAUUCGAACUGAUAUUUAAUAUAAAAAAAAAACAUUCUUGAGCUGUUAAUGGAUAGCUGAGUUAAACUACGCUAAAAUUGGUGUUACACUGUUAUUGAAAAAAAAAUUGUAGAUAAUUGUCAGUUGAAUUAUGAAACAAUGGUUACAGGAUUUUUGUAUUUGUUGACACAAAAAAAGAUGAAUAAGUGAUCAAGAAUUCCAGUACAUAUCAUUUUCAUUACGUUUAUUUGUAUGUAUACCAAUAGCUACUAUUUACAUUAUUUACUGGACUUAUACUUUUAUUUAUGAAUCAAUUUUUGAAAAUCUCUCCUGGGAUACACGUUGUAUGCUUACAUAAUAACUGUUAGUUUAUUUACUGUAUUUUCUCAGUAAGGGCAUGUGUGCUGUGUACAGUGUGUGAUAUGUUAUUUCGGAGCCUGGGUGUGUUUUUUCAUGAAAAUGUUUCGGCAUCCUUGUUCAGGGCCUGUGUGUCGUGUCAACGACAGUGUGAUAUGAUAUAUGCUUUCGGUGCCAGGGUGUUGUGUAUAUGUACUUUGAUAUCCUUAUUCAAGGACUGAAUGUCUUGACAGUGUAUAUGAUAUUCUAUUUCGGGGCCUGGAUGUUAUGUAUACGACAAUGUUAUGGUAUCCUUAUUCAGGGCAUUUGUGUCGUGAAUAUGAAAGUGUAACGUUAUCCAGUUUCAGGGGCCUGGGUGUAAUGAAUCGGAGUAUCAUAAUAAUGAUAUCCUGCUUCAGGGGCCUGGGUGUAAUGAAUGGGAGUAUCAUAAUAAUGAUAUCCAGUUUCAGGGGCCUGGGUGUAAUGAAUGGGAGUAUCAUAAUUAUGUUAUCCUGCCUCAGGGGCCUGGGUGUAAUGAAUCGGAGUAUCAUAAUAAUGAUAUCCUGCUUCAGGGGCCUGGGUGUAAUGAAUCGGAGUAACAUAAUAAUGAUAUCCAGUUUCUGGGGCCUGGGUGUAAUGAAUGGGAGUAUCAUAAUAAUGAUAUCCAGUUUCAGGGGCCUGGGUGUAAUGAAUGGGAGUGUCAUAAUUAUGUUAUCCUGCCUCAGGGGCCUGGGUGUAAUGAAUGGGAGUAUCAUAAUAAUGUUAUCCUGCCUCAGGGGUCUGGGUGUAAUGAAUGGGAGUAUCAUAAUAAUGUUAUCCUGCCUCGGGGUCUCGCUAUUGAGCAGAGGUUCGAUGCUCGAAGUAACCUGUAUACUUUAUCUCUUACAUGUAGAAUGACCUUAUCCGUACUUCACAUCAGGGAUGGUUUAUAUUACAGUUUGUGGUCAUCUUUGUCCGACCCGUGUCAAUAUCGUGUGUCAGAGAGAGCCAUUAGCCGGACACGGAUAUCAAUAAUUACCAAACCAGACUGUCUCAUAUGACGUCAUCAUUCCAAAAUUAAUAUUGUUUGAACUCCUGUCGACAAUAUUGAUGUCAAUAUAUGUAUAUCUUUACAUUUUUAAAAUGACCUGAUCAAGACGAAUGGAAAUUGAACCCCAUUGUGUUAUAUAUGAGGUUCGUCGUGUCGUUAUGGAAUAAUGCGAGUGGAAGGUUAAUAAAUUCUUUUGAGUCGCUUUAUGUCUCCGUUAAGCCUAAAUUGAUUACUUACACGUGUUGCUAAGCAGAUAAAUCCCGUAAUCGAUUGUAAGGUCACUGUCGACAACGUGCACUAGCGGCUAUAACAACAUAUAGCUGAGGUCGUCGGUAUCGGCAGAGGAUACAGGUUACACUACGGUAAGACACGUGGUUAUCGGUAAUUGAAACGUAAUUAUUAAUUGAUGAACUUACAAUGAGGACAAACGUGUGUGACCUGAACAGCACUAGGAGUGUUUAUAAUCAAUAGGAUGUAGAACUUCAAUUCGUUAAAAUAACACGUGCUUGUCAUUGGUACUACGUAGGUACAUGUAGUAUGUGUAACGGGGAUCCUCCCCGAGUCAACGACAAAAACAGCAACCUCAGCCGUCCCCAGUUCUGUAAGAUGUGAAUGGAAGGUACCGGGUCCUAGAACGAGUACGGGGCGCAACUAAUGGUUCAGUCUUAAGUGUCUUUGAAUCACGGUAGUCAAAAGAGGAUGUUCCCUAAAAAUCAGAGAGAAAAAUGAUGUAUGUUUGAUCAUGAACUCCAAUGACUACGGAUUAUUGUUGAGAUAGAAAAUGAACCAAUCCUAUAACCACGUUUAUAUGUAACGUUCCAUAUGUCUCUGUGAUAUCACUUCCGGUAUAUUCCAGGUCGGAAAUCAUAUCCAUAAUGUAUAUUAAGAGAUCUCAUCUACGAUAUGUUUUAUAUCUUAUUUUUAUAUUACUCAAGUUAACAUUCCAAACAAAUAUAUCAUGUAAAUAAGUGUCUUAGGAAUGUUAUAACGAGGAAUAUCAAUUAUGUGUUCGAGUUUUACAAAGUGCGUGACGUCAUUGUUUGUGCGACGUCAUUAAUCAUGUGAUUGCUUUGAUGAAUGUUGGUUUUGUUUAAAAAUAUCAAGACAAGAAGUAUAUAUUGUUGUUUAAUUCUUUAGAUGCUGUGCAAACAAUUGAGCUUCAUUGAUUUCACGUUGAAAAUUGAAUUUGUUCUUGAAAUGUUUGAAAUUCUUCAGAAAUAAGUUUUAUGGGUCGUUUACAGUUGACGUCUUUAAGUUCAGAACUUCGCCACGUGACAUACAAUAUAAUCACGUG